GGCACAGCGCAUAGACAGUACGGGCACAGUACGGAGUGACUUCCGGAUGCUUCCCCGUUUAGGUAGGCUUUGGGCGUGCUUUCCCUGUCUUGUGCAUACAUGUACACUGGGAUCGGAGGUUUCAACUGUUGUGAGCAUUACAGUAUUGGACAGAGACGAUGGCAACGGUGAGAGAGAAGCUCCUCCAUGAGGCCCAGCCUGGUAAGCUGGCAUUGGCCCGGGCGAAGGUGACGGUAGUUGGGGUAGGGCAGGUGGGAAUGGCCUGCGCUUUCAGCAUCCUGCAGUCGGGCGUUGCCGAUGAUGUCACCUUGAUUGACGUAAUGAAGGACAAGCUGCAGGGGGAGGUGCUGGACCUGCAGCACGGCAGCCUCUUUCUCAAGACCCCAAAGAUCAGAGCCGCUAAAGAUUACUCGGAGACGGCCGACUCCAAGCUGUGCAUCAUCACGGCCGGGGUGCGACAGCGGGAGGGGGAGAGUCGGCUGGACCUGGUCCAGAGGAACGUGGAGGUGUUCAAGCAGAUCGUUCCCCCGCUGGCCCAGUACAGCCCCGACGCCAUCCUGCUGGUGGUGUCCAACCCAGUGGAUAUCCUGACCUAUGUGGCCUGGAAGCUGAGUGGUUUUCCUCAGGAGCGGGUCCUGGGAAGCGGCACUAACCUGGACUCGGCGCGGUUCCGCUUCCUGAUGGGGGAGAGGCUGGGGAUCCACCCCAGCAGCGUGCAUGGCCACAUCAUCGGGGAGCACGGGGACUCCAGCGUGGCAGUGUGGAGCGGGGCUAAUGUGGCAGGAGUGAGCCUGCUGGCCCUGAACCCUGAGCUAGAGACCAAACAGGACUCAGAGGGCUGGGCAAAGGUGCACCAGGAUGUGGUCAACAGCGCUUAUGAGGUGAUCCGGCUGAAGGGGUACACCUCCUGGGCCAUCGGGCUGAGCGUGAGCGGCCUGGCCCAGUCCAUCCUGAAGAACCUCAGGAGCGUCCACCCUGUCUCCACCCUCGUCAAGGGCAUGCACGGCAUCGAUCAGGAGGUGUUCCUGAGCGUGCCAUCGGUGCUGGGCUGGUGUGGGGUGUGUGGGGUGCUGAAUCAGCCCCUAAAGGAGAUGGAGACCCAGCAACUGCUCCAAAGUGCCAAGACCCUGUGGGACAUCCAGAGCAACCUGGCCCUCUAACCACCACUCAUCCACCUGACCACCAGGGGGCAGCAGCAUUAACACAGUGACCUGUGCAACAACAGGCACAACUACAGUGAGAAAGUCAACGCAGCUCCAUUAAAAAAAAAGCAAUUUCUGACACCACUCUUCAUACAUUCUUCAGUCUUCAUUGACCCAAAGCCAGAUUGGUUUUGCUAGGUUUUUUUAAAUCAAAAAUAACUCAAAAAUUCACCCUGCUUGUAGCUCGUUCAGUAUUGACUUUUAAACAGUGACAUAAUGUUUACAUUAAAUACCUUGACAUACUGAAUCAAACAUUAAGAAACUUUGCCAAAAUCGUUCAAGCUAAUUAGAAUAAAUAUUAUUGACUAAUCCCAGUUUGUAGCAUGUGAGCUGGAUAUAUGUGCUGCCCUGUCAUAGUAAUUGUAUCUGUUACUACCAGUUGGCAUAGCGCAUAUUCUUGGCAGCCUAUGCAGGGUUUUUUAGGCUUGCUGUGGUCUUCUGUUUACAAUUGAAGAAGUGUUCUUCUCCAGUGACUUAAACCGAGCACGCUAACCACCGUUUUUUCAAAUCUGUUUUACUAUUUUUUGAUAGCUGUUGCCAGCAAAAAAGAA